AUAUUAAGGAGAGACCUAUUCGUGUGGCCAAACACCAGAAUAUCGCCAAAAUCGUUGAAACUUGAACGAAGAAACAGACUUGUCACAGCUCAGCCGCCGGAAGACUUUAAGGAGGUAUGGAUUUGGUGUGGUUAUUAAGUGUUUUACUUGUUGGAGCUGCACUUGGAUAUUACAUCAGCACUUUACGACAAACCCGCCGAAUCUUUCUCUCCUCCAAAUCUGUCGCCAUAGAUGCAGGAUCCAGCGGGAAUAAGAAAACCAAGUCCAAGGAACCCCUCGAGAUAGAGAAACUCGCUGAUUUUCGCAAAAAUUUCAAAAUGGUUUUGGUUGUGAGGAAUGAUCUUAAAAUGGGUAAAGGGAAGAUUGCAGCUCAAUGCAGUCAUGCAACUUUAGGUUUAUACAAGAAACUCCUUCAACGGGCGCCAAAAGCCUUGAACAGAUGGGAAUAUUGUGCUCAGCCAAAAGUUGUUGUCAAAAUUGAAAGUGAGGAAGAGAUGCUAGUUUUGCAAGUGAGUUUACUGAACAUGUGCUACGUAAAUAUACUUGCCCUUUGCAAGAUUGCAGUUUCCUAGGUAUUGAAUAAGAGAAGAAGAAAAAGUCAUAAGAUCCUCCUAUGUGAAGAGUGUAACAAUCUUGUUGAUACCGACAGGAAAGAGCAAAGACCCUGAAACUGCCAACCCAUAUCACCAUUGAUGCGGGAAAAACACAGAUCGCUCCAAGUGAGUUUCUAUAGUUACUGUUAUUUGGAAUCCUCCUGCUUAACCCUAGUCUGACAUUAAUAGAAAAACUUAAUAUGCCUACUUGUUCUCUUCUUUUCCAGAUUCAAGGACAGUAAUGGCUAUUCUUGGACCUGUUGAUAAUGUUGAUGAAGUAACAGGUGGACUAAAGCUUAUGUAAUAACUCUUGGAUUCGACAUUACCAACACUCUGGCAGAAAGGAGAGCAUGCUAAUUGGCUCCCAAGUUUUCGACAUUUCUCGGUGACAAAUCUGUUUUCCCUUCUUCUGAGUAGAUAACUCCAUUUUACAUGGAUUUGUACAAUUGUCUUACUAGAAGAUAAUCAUAUGACAACAUUUGCUGAUUAUCCACAACAUUUUAAAGAUGAAGUUUUGAUGCUCUCCUUUGUUUUGUCUAUUGUAUCUAUAAACUGAAGCGUUUAAGCUACGAAUUGAUUUUGACUGAUUUUGUCCUAA